CGUAAACAAACCAGCGAGCGGCAACACGAAACCCUCGCUUUUCUCACCUUUCGAAGGAAUUUUGGCAUUAAUUCGCAUCCUACUUCUUGCAAAAUGAAGGAAGAGGAGAAGAAGGAAGAGAAGAAUAAGUGUAAAAACAGGGAUCUUAUGUAUAAGUUGAUUAUAAGUCAGCUGUAUUAUGAUGGACACCAGACCUUUGCACAGGACUUGGCAACGCUGGUCGACCAAGAGGCCAGCGCUGUGGCUCCCUCAGACAGGCUCAUGAAUGUGCUCAAUCUUGGACUACAGCAUGAACACGAAAUGGAGCGACCGCUGAACAGACUGGAGUACACGUUAGGCCCAGGCUUGGACCUCGAAUAUGAGACAGAGCCGCAGACGUCAGCCCCAGAGCCUGCCAUGUACGAGACAGCCUAUGUAACCUCGCACAAGGAUAAGUGCCGAGCUGCCGCAUUUUCGCUGGAUGGGAACCUUGUGGCUACGGGGAGUGUUGAUGCUUCUAUUAAGAUUCUAGACGUGGACCGAAUGUUGGCUAAAAGCGACCCAGAUGCCGUGGAGCUUCACCCAGACGCUGUGGUGGGUCAUCCAGUCAUCCGCACGCUCUACGAUCAUCUGGAUGAGAUCACCUGCCUGGAGUUCCACCCGCGCGAGCAGAUCCUCAUCUCGGGCAGCAGAGACACCAAUGUCAAGAUGUUCGACUUCAGCAAGACCUCGGCCAAGAAGGCUUUUAAGACACUUACAGAUGCUGAGCAGGUAACCAGUAUGUCAAUCCAUCCCAGUGGUGACUUCCUGGCAGUAGCGACGGAAGGCCCUGUGGUGAGGUUUUACGACAUCAACUCCUGCCAGUGCUACGUGUGUCCGUACCCCCGCGAGCAUCACACGGGGCCCCUGACUUGUGUGCGCUACUCGGCUGAUGCAAGAGUCUGCGUCUCUGCUUCAAAGGACGGUCAUGUUAAGGUUUGGGAUGGUGUCUCCGGCCGCUGCGUACAGACGUUCUCCAAGUGUCAUGAUGGGAUGGAGGUCUGCUCUGUGCUCUUCUCCCGUAAUGGAAAGUACAUCCUGUCAUCUGGACUUGACAGCGUAGUGAAACUGUGGGAACUGUCGAGUGGGAGAUGCCUCAUUGCCUAUACUGGGGCUGGCUCUGUCGGCCGCCAGGAACACAGCGCCCACGCCAUGUUCAACCACACAGAGGACUUCGUAAUGUUUCCCGACGAAGCCACGACGUCCCUGUGCGCUUGGGAUGCUAGGAAUGCACAGAGGAAGAAUCUACUCUCCCUAGGCCACAACGGACCAGUGAGACACAUGGUACACUCCCCCUGUUCGCCGGCGUUCAUUACUUGCUCUGACGACUACCGCGCUCGCUUCUGGUACCGCAGGAACGUCCACUGAAGAAGUAGAACGAAGCUUUUAUUUUUUUUUUCUCUCUCUCUCUCUCUCUCUUUUUUCCAUUUUGCGAGAGAAUUUUUACUUUCGUUAUGAUUGCUUCGUGGGUGUUGUUUUACAAGGAGUGAGUGAGCGAGUGCGUUGAUUUACGCAAUGUAGAAUGUCUGGUGAAUGGAAUGUGAUUUUCGAAGAAGAAAAAGCGGGGGGGAGGAAAAGAAGAAAUAAAUGAUGUUUUCAGAUUUUUACUUGUAAGUUUUUUUUUUCUCUCUAUUUUUGAAAAAUAAAUAAUGAUUAAAUGUA